AUGUAUAACAUUUUAUCUUCGUCUGAUGAUGAAGAUUUUGAAAUAGUACAUAGAAGACCAAGACAAUUUAAAGACCGUAGAAAUUAUUUCGAAGAAUUAGAUGACAUCGAAUUUAAAAUGAGAUUUCGUCUAAACAAAGAAACAGUAUUAAUAUUAUUGCAUCAUAUAUAUGAUGAAUUACAAUUUAAGACCGAAAGAAAUAAUGCUAUAUCACCAAUGUACCAACUACUUCUGGCGCUGCGUUUAUAUGCUACGGGAUCUUUCUUAAUUACAAUGGGAGAUUUUGUAGGAGUUAGUACGACAAGUGCACAUAGAAUUGUGCACAGAGUUAGCGCAGCAAUUGCUCGUUUAAGACCUAAUUUUAUAAAAUUUCCAACAACUCAAGCAGAAAUUCGAAGAGAGCAAUUAAAAUUUUUUAAUAUUGCUUGUUUUCCAAAAAUUAUUGGUUGCAUUGAUUGUACGCAUAUACGAGUUCAAUCAUUUGGUGGGCCACAUGGUGAAUUGUUUCGAAAUCGAAAAGGAUAUUUUUCGCUCAAUGUCCAAGUAAUUUGUAACAGUAACUUAGAAAUAACAGAUAUAGUUGCCAGGUGGCCUGAUUCAGUACAUGAUAGCACUAUUUUCCACAAGUAG